GAUCCGCCUAGUCAGUAGCUGUAGCUCAUGGAAGAACGAGUGGAAGAAGUUGUGGAAGGAGUAACCGAGCGGUUAUCCUCUGUUUUUGAGGCUGGUAGGGCCUCUGGGCUAGGAGAGGAUGAUAUCAGUCAAACCAUUGAUUUAUUUUAUAAAGAAUUAUCAAAGAAAGAGAAAGCUACCAUGUCGUUCCUUCGAAUAAUGAAAGUCUCAGUUUUAAAGACAGCCUAUGUCCUCUUGUAUCGUUUGCUCCCUCUGGUUCUCCUCCUCUCAUCUCUCUACAGUCAGCUGCAGCUACUUAUUCAAAAAGACCCGUGUCUUUUAGCUCAACCCAUGCUUCAUGAUUUUGCUACCAAGAUAAUCGACUGCAACAGUUGCUUGAACAUAACGAAUGCUGUUACCAUCAAUAGCAUAUCUGUAAUGGAUUUCAUGAAUAACCAUGCUACCUCUCUCCAGCCUGUAUUAGUGAAAGGGGCUGCCUCAAAUUGGCCGGCAAUGAGUAUCUUUUCGUACGAGUAUUUUAAAGGACUUUAUACAAAGAACCCUGAGGCAAUCACCCACGAUCGUGAAGAAGGACAGUUCUUUCCUUACAGCUCGGGAAUAUUUACUCUAGACGAGUUUCUCUCACUUGAUAAUGAAACUGCUUCCUUCAAAGGAAAGAAGUGGUACAUUGGCUGGAGUACAACGGAUAAUUUUGUCGGGGAGGAGUUGCGUAAACACGUUAAAGUCCCAUACUUCCUACCUCCCGUACCAAGUGAAGACAAUCUGGCAUGGAUAUUUAUGGGAGCACCUGGUCCUGGGGCCGGACUCCAUAUUGAUUUUGUUGGUCGUGUCUCCUGGCAGGCUCAACUCUCCGGGAAGAAGACAUGGACACUAGCUCCUCCUCCAGAAUGCGAAACGACAUGCUCAACUUUUAAUGUGACGGUAGAUACUGGGGAUAUCAUCGUAAUUGAUACCAAUUCCUGGUUUCAUGCUACUUUCAUUCAUCCUGGCAAUGUUAGCAUCACUUUUGGGGCAGAAUUUGAAUAGCAAACGAAAGGACAGCUGCUUUCCAUAUGCCUUGACGUGUACUUUUUUAAACUUUAUUUGUAUAUACAAGAAAGUGAAAGUUAGUACAAGUAAUAAAAUAGUUUAUAAAAUGAUUGAAUGGA